AUGAGCGAGGCUGAAUCUGCAGAUUGUCGGGUUGUAUCUUUACCAUGCCCUUUUUUGAAGCGAAGAGUAGAAUGUGCUGGAAGCGCGUUCCUUCGUUAUUAUAACGUGAAAUGUCACGGUGAGGAUACAUUACUACUUACUUCAAAAUCAAAAGAUAAAAGCGAGGAAAUUGUUUUCGAAGACGAUGUGGGCUACCUGAGGAGUCUAGACCCGAAAGAAUGGAAGAAACAAGACCAUUAUGCAGUCCUAGGGAUGAAAAAAUUGCGUAUCGAAGCCACCGACGACGAUAUUAAGCGAGCAUAUCGGCAAAAAGUACUCAAACACCAUCCAGACAAACGUAAGGCCCUCGGAGAAGAAGUUAGGAGUGACGAUGACUACUUCACGUGCAUUACUAAGGCUUAUGAGAUACUCGGUUCACCAAAAACAAGGCGGUCUUACGACUCAGUCGACCCAGAGUUCGAUGACUCCAUUCCCACAACCAGUGAGAUUAAGAAAGAGGGUUUCUUCAAUAUUUUCUCAAAGUAUUUUGAAAUGAAUGCGCGAUGGUCGGAGAAAAAACAUGUGCCUUUGUUGGGAGACGAGAACAGUUCUCGGGAGUUUGUAGAAAAAUUUUACUCAUUUUGGUACGAAUUUGACUCGUGGCGUGAGUUUUCUUAUUUGGACGAGGAAGAGAAAGAGAAGGGGUCUGACAGAGAGGAGCGGAGGUGGAUAGAGAAACAAAACAAAGUGGCCAGAGCUAAACUAAAGAAGGAGGAAAUGACGAGAAUACGCAACUUGGUGGACCUGGCGUACGCUAACGACCCCAGGAUACAGAGGUUCAAACAAGAGGACAAAGAUAAAAAGAUAGCUGCUAAACGAGCCCGCCAGGAUGCAGUCCAAGCUAAAAAAGCUGAAGAAGAGAGAUUAAUAAAAGAGGCCCAAAUUGCUAAACAAAAAGCCGAAGCAGCCGAGAGGGCGAGGAUGGAAGCGGCCAGGGCUGAGAGGGAACUACAAAAGAAAAAUCUGCGCAAGGAGAGGAAAUCACUUAGAGAUUUAUGUAAAAAUAAUAACUAUUUUGCUAAAAACGAAGAUGAAACCGUCAAUCAUAUGGCAGCAGUCGAAAAGAUUUGUGAACUGUUGAAGGCCACAGAGAUCCAAGCCCUGAUCAAAGAUAUAGAGUCGAGUGGCCGGGACGCAUUCAUAAAGGCUAUCACUGAGUCUGAAGAGAAGCUUGAAGCUGAACGCAGGGCCCUGUUCGAAAAUAAGAGAGUUGAAGAACAAAAACUAAAGAAAAAUGCAGCUCUUAAGGUUCCUAUAGAAUGGUCUCCAGAAAUGAUGCAAUUGCUCAUCAAAGCUGUCAACCUGUUCCCUGCCGGUACAAAUGCAAGAUGGGACGUCGUCGCUAACUUCCUGAAUCAACACGGAACCUUCACUGAUGAAAGACGUUUCAAUGCUAAAGAAGUUUUAAACAAAGCUAAAGACCUGCAGAGUUCAGAUUUCUCAAAGAGCAUCCUAAAGAAAGCUGCCAAUGAAGAAGCUUUCGAUCAGUUUGAAAAAGACAAAAAGAAGGUUGUCAACUCGGUGGAUGACAAUAGUAUAUCCAAGAAUGACACUCCCAAACUAGUGAACGGAACCUCCAAACCUAAAAUGAAUGGAGAUGUCAAGGAAUCCAAGGAAGAAAAGCCUUGGACCAAGACAGAGCAGGAACUUCUGGAGCAAGCCAUCAAAACAUUCCCUGUCAGCACUUCGGAGAGAUGGGACAAGAUCGCUGAAUGUAUACCGAACCGCUCCAAAAAAGAUUGCAUGAAGAGGUACAAAGAGCUGGUAGAGUUAGUCAAAGCCAAGAAACAAGCGGCCAACAUCUCCAAAUAG